GAUAAGUCGAUUAGCAAACAUGGCGCUACCCAUUAUUCAUUUAGUUAUCAGUGCAUCUGUCAAACGUGACAUGAGUCUUCAUCCAAAAACCACAUGUCAGUUUCACCGAUAGCCUAGUCUUAUAUUUAAAACGAAAUGGGUAUUUUUUUCGCAAAGAAGAAACCGCCGAGUCGUGUCACAGAACAAGACAAAGCUGUUUUGCAAUUAAAACAAACCAGGGAUAAAAUCAAACAGUAUCAACGAAGAAUAGAGCAAACGCUCGAAAAAGAUCGGUUACUUGCAAAAAAACUUAUUCAAAAUGGACGAAAAGAUCGAGCAUUACUUUUGUUGCGGAAAAAGAAAUUCCAAGAACAAUUAUUAUCUAAAACUGAUGGACAGCUUGAAAACUUGGAACGUAUGGUACACGACAUAGAAUUUGCACAAGUAGAAAUGAAAGUUGUGGAUGGCCUGAAAGUAGGAAAUGUGGCAUUGAAGAAAUUACACGACUUGUUGUCAAUUGAUGAAAUUGAUAAAAUUAUGGAUGAAACCAAGGAGGGCAUUGAAAAACAAAAAGAAAUAGAUGAAAUAUUGUUAGGUGCUUUGACAGAGGAAGACGAAGGUGACGUGGAAGCCGAGCUUGAUGCUUUAUUGAUAGCAGAAAUUGAAGAAAAAGCACCUGAUGUACCAGAAGAAUUACCAGAAAACAAAAAAGAGCGUACAAAAGAAAAAAUGCCAGAAGCAAUUGCUUUGGAAGCAUAAAUAAUAUUAAGUAUCAUUAGUAAAGUUUUUAUUCUAUUGGUACUUUGCCCAAAACCCUAUGUAUAUAUGUACAGUACCUUGUGAUAAGGCUCAAAAUAAGAUUUAAUUCAUGUUGUGAUUUCAAUAGAGUGCUAUGAAAAGAAAAGAAGUUACUUUUACUUGAAAAAUGUUUAGACAGUCUUUGAUUACAUAGUGCGUGAAAGUAAUUUUAUAACAGUAAACAACAGUUUUGAAGCAACACGAAUAUAAUUCAGGCAAAUGUAAAUCAAUCUUUCACAAAUUAAGUGUGUCACAUGGCUUAUACAGUGUUAAUUAUAUUUGUACUAUCUUGAAUGUAUAAAUAUAUUUGUAUCUUAUUAUUGGCCUCUUAUAUGUAGGUAUACAAGAAAUGCAAAAUAUU